UGGAAGGUAUAGUACAGUAGGAUGGUUCAUUAUUAUAAACAGACCUGAUUGGCUGGGAGGAUGUAGACUGGACGGUACAGUACAGUAGGAUGGUUCAUUAUUAUAAACAGACCUGAUAUUGGCUGGGAGGAUGUAGACUGGAAGGUACAGUACAGUAGGAUGGUUCAUUAUUAUAAACAGACCUGAUAUUGGCUGGGAGGAUGUAGACUGGAAGGUAUAGUACAGUAGGAUGGUUCAUUAUUAUAAACAGACCUGAUUGGCUGGGAGGAUGUAGACUGGACGGUACAGUACAGUAGGAUGGUUCAUUAUUAUAAACAGACCUGAUAUUGGCUGGGAGGAUGUAGACUGGAAGGUACAGUACAGUAGGAUGGUUCAUUAUUAUAAACAGACCUGAUUGGCUGGGAGGAUGUAGACUGGACGGUACAGUACAGUAGGAUGGUUCAUUAUUAUAAACAGACCUGAUUGGCUGGGAGGAUGUAGACUGGAAGGACCAUUGUGACCCUCAUCAGGAUGUCUCUGACUGCACUCCCCAGGACGGUGGUUCUCUGUGUGGGACGCCACUCAGAAACAAGACAGAGAAUCAUGGUCUGGUACCAGAGAGCCCCACCUUCUUCAACUCCAGCCCGUUCAAGGCCCUCUCUCCCCAGACGCCCAAGUUCCUCAAGUCUCUGCUGUCGGUCAGAGAGGAGAGCAAGACCAAGAGAGUCCUGGAGGCACGACCACUACUGGGACAGGAGAGCAUGCGCUCCUCAUGUGUGGACAGCUCUGUGCUGCUCCCCCCUCCCUGCCACGGCCAAGCCCCCUGGCGCAGGCCCAGAGCAGGCAGCGAGGGCCACCGCAGCCCCUCCACCGCCACCCUCACCCCCUCCACCCUCACCCUCAGUACCUGCACCAGCAGGAAGCUCAGCCUUACACUGCCACACACCGCUGACUCUGAGGAGGAGACAGACAUGGCCCUGAGUUUGGGUCUGGGCCCUCAGGACUUCCACAGCUUCCAGUCCUACAUCCCAGAGGACUUUGCCAACUUUGAGGUGUACAACGCUGCCCUGGAGAGCCAGGAGGGGGGCGGGGGCAGGGGAGAAGGGGCUCCCCGGAGCCCCACCGCCAGCAGCUGCACCAGCGGUUACUUCUCCCACAGUGCCUCAGACGCCACGCUCUCUGACGUGCCAUUCGGGGCCAGCGACAGCUCCGACCAGCUCAGCGCCUCCGCAGUGGCUCAAGACAGAAAUGACCCUGACCGGGAAACCCACAACCUCCACCCCCACGAGUCCCCCUCCUUCCACUGCACCAGCACGGCCCGAGGCUGUGUCCAGACCAGAAGUGUCUCGCCGUGGGGUGACACCCAGACCCCUGCGUGUCCCCCCGGCGUCCCCUCCCAGCCCCUCCCCACCACCUCCCCCUCCUCCCCUGUCAGUAUUCCUAACUGCUCAGAGCAGCCACCCUCCCCCUCCUCCCCUGUCAGUAUUCCUAACUGCUCAGAGCAGCCACCCUCCCCCUCCUCCCCUGUCAGUAUUCCUAACUGCUCAGAGCAGCCACCCUCCCCCUCCUCCCCUGUCAGUAUUCCUAACUGCUCAGAGCAGCCACCCUCCCCCUCCUCCCCUGUCAGUAUUCCUAACUGCUCAGAGCAGCCACCCUCCCCCUCCUCCCCUGUCAGUAUUCCUAACUGCUCAGAGCAGCCACCCUCCCCCUCCUCCCCUGUCAGUAUUCCUAACUGCUCAGAGCAGCCACCCUCCCCCUCCUCCCCUGUCAGUAUUCCUAACUGCUCAGAGCAGCCACCCUCCCCCUCCUCCCCUGUCAGUAUUCCUAACUGCUCAGAGCAGCCACCCUCCCCCUCCUCCCCUGUCAGUAUUCCUAACUGCUCAGAGCAGCCACCCUCCCCGCGGCCCCGCAGGUGUGUCCUCAGCAUCAGCCAGGAGUUUACAGACUUCAAGGGGGCCGACAGCAUGGAGGAUCUGGGUGAGCUGGGACACUUCCAGUCUGGGGAUGCACCACACAUAUCCCCUGUCCCAGCGGAGGAGGAGAAAGGGGGCUCUGGCAGCAGGCACCAGACCUCUGACAAAGACCUGGUCGUCAUCAACACACAACAACAACAACAUAAAUCUCACCCCGAUAACGCCCGGCUCCCUCAGCCCCACUCACACCUCCACAACGGCAAACAGUGUAUCGGCAGCGCAGCCGUGCCCUGCCCACCACCCUCCAGCCCGCCAGGCCAGCUAGCAGGAGGAGAGCCCCAGAUCCAGGAGCCAAUCCAGGAGACCUACCUCCAGGGAGCCCCUGUCCCAGCCCAAGCUGCCCGAGCCCCAACCCCAGCAGCACUGAGGCCUCUGGGGACUCCUGCAGCGGGGACGAGGGCCCUGGUUCUCCGGUGGCCCAGCUGCCUGACUGGAUGGCCCCCGGGGAGCAGGUAUGGGUGGGGAAGAGGGGCGGCACGGUGCACUACGUCGGAGGGGUGGAGUUCGCCAAGGGGAUCUGGGUCGGGGUACAGCUGGACCUGGCUGUGGGCAAGCACAACGGGACAGUCCAGGGGAGGGUUUACUUCCGCUGUCCUCCAGGCCACGGGGUGUUCGUCAAGCCCUCCUGUCUCACUAGAGGACCCCCCUCCAUGGACACCACAGACCCCCAGCCUCUGGUCCGAUAAAAUUCCCAGUCUUUCCAGGAAUCCCGGUUGGAAUGUUCCCAGAAUCAGGAGGGAAUAAGAAGGAACUCCAGAAUCCUCAAACCAGCAUUUCUGGAAAACCUGGGAAUUUGGGGAAAGGAACGUUCCACCCAGGACUAAUCAUCUAAAGGGGUACCCAGAUCCAGAGCCGUUCCUACUAGACCAGGGCCAGAUCCAGAACAGUUCCUACUAGACCAGGCCCAGAUCCAGAACGGUUCCUACUAGACCAGGGCCAGAUCCAGAGCCGUUCCUACUAGACCAGGGCCAGAUCCAGAACAGUUUCUACUAGACCAGGGCCAGAUCCAGAACAGUUUCUACUAGACCAGGGCCAGAUCCAGAGCCGUUCCUACUAGACCAGGGCCAGAUCCAGAACAGUUUCUACUAGACCAGGGCCAGAUCCAGAGCCGUUCCUACUAGACCAGGGCCAGAUCCAGAACAGUUCCUACUAGACCAGGACCAGAUCCAGAACAGUUUCUACUAGACCAGGGCCAGAUCCAGAGCAGUUUCUACUAGACCAGGGCCAGAUCCAGAGCCGUUCCUACUAGACCAGGGCCAGAUCCAGAACAGUUCCUACUAGACCAGGGCCAGAUCCAGAACGGUCCCUACUAAACCAGGGCCAGAUUCAGAACAGUUCCUACUAGACCAGGGCCAGAUCCAGAACAGUUCCUACUAGACCAGGGCCAGAUCCAGAACAGUUCCUACUAGACCAGGGCCAGAUCCAGAACAGUUCCUACUAGACCAGGGCCAGAUCCAGAACAGUUCCUACUAGACCAGGCCCAGAUCCAGAACGGUUCCUACUAGACCAGGGCCAGAUCCAGAACAGUUCCUACUAGACCAGGGGCAGCUGUCAGCGCUCAACAGCUGAGCCCCAAAACCAGCUGUUCUUCUCUCAUUCUCACCCUCCCUCUGUUCCACUAGACUUCCGAUCAUGUGUCCUGUCUGUUGGUAUGAACGUCUGCUUCCCCUUUAACAUACCUGUCCCAUGCGUUUUAUGAAGGCAAAUCAUCGUUCAAUAUCCUUGUUCACUGAAAGUCAAACGCACACGUCCACCGUUUCUGCUGUGUUAUUUUAGCUAGAGAGCAUGUAGAUGGAUAGACAUGACCCAGGCCUGUUUAUCUGACGGUAGUGUCAUUGAAUCAGCUCAGCAGCUCAUAUUCCUGUUCAAACACCAGGUCUUCCCGGAGAGGUGACAGAGAGUUGUCAUCUGGGGUGUGUGGAUCCAGAAUGGACUCGUGUUGAUGACUCACUGAUAUCCGGAUCGGUUAUCCAAGUCACUGUGAUAUGUCGUCAGGGGUUACCAAAGAACUAAGGUUUCAUAUCUGCUGUUUUAACUGGUGUGUGUGUG